AACGUAGAGGGCUCCUGGCAACCAGCCGGCCCGGGGGCUGUCCCACCCCGCUCGGGUGGACGGCCGCCCCGGAAGUGACGCGAUGUGUUGCUGGCCUUGCGGAAGUGGAGAUGGCGGAGCUGUACGUGAAGCCGGGCAACAAGGAGCGUGGCUGGAACGACCCGCCGCAGUUCUCGUACGGGCUGCAGACCCUGGCUGGUGGACCCAAGCGCACGCCGCUCACCAAGAGGGUCGCCGCUCCCCAGGAUGGCUCCCCCAGAGUCCCCACCUCACAGACUUCCCCUGGGAUCCCCCCUGUGGGGCCUCCACCUCCUUUAAGUAAGGGUUCCAGACCCCCACCUGUGGGGAGUUGUCCUGCCUCUGGUGUGGAGCCAAUAAAUUUCCCAGUCAUCGAAUCUGAAACUCUGCUGGAAGAUGUGCUCAAACCUUUGGAAGAGGCACUGGAGGAUUGCCGUGGCCACACAAAGAAGCAAGUAUGUGAUGACAUCAGCCGACGCCUGGCUCUGCUGCGGGAACAGUGGGCCGGAGGGAAGCUGUCAGUGCCUGUGAGGAAGAGGAUGGCUCUGCUGGUGCGAGAGCUUUCAAGUCACCAGUGGGAUGCAGCAGAUGACAUCCACCGUUCACUCAUGGUCGACCAUGUGACUGAGGUCAGUCAGUGGAUGGUGGGAGUUAAAAGAUUAAUUGCAGAAAAGAGGAAUCUGUCUUCAGAGGAAGAGGCUGACGAAGAGAAAUCUACAGCCACAGUUGAGGAGAACCAGAUGGCACCAGGCGUCCAAGAGGCUCCAUAAUCCUGUGGGAUCCCAACUCACCUCACACCAUUUCCUAUACCUUGGCAGGGAGGCCUUCUCUCACCUGGCUCCCUCUUACCAUUUGGGAGACUGUCUGCCUCUUUGGGAUCCUUGGCCUGACCCACCCAUCUCUGGGGGAAGAGGUGUCAGCCACCUGGGUAACAGGAAAGUCACCUAUUACCCAUAACAUAUGCAUUUCAAUAAAAACAUCUUAAUAGUGGGCCCUGGGUAGGAGAGAGAAGCCCUUCCUGUGCCAUA